GUUCAGGGUGAACCUAAGUACCGCACUGGAGAUGGGAAAUGUACGCGGAGCUGUCUGAAAACUGUCCAGCAAAUGGCCGGGGCUGAAUGCUGCUGGGUCUUUUUGAUAUGAGAAAGAUUGUGAUGAUCCUCUGAGUGGAAAAUGGCCGUCUUUCAGAACAACUUCUGGGGGGAGAAGAAUGCCGGCUUUGACGUGCUCUAUCACAACAUGAAGCAUGGCCAGCUGGCAACCAAGGAGCUAGCCGAGUUUGUCCGAGAAAGGGCUGCCAUUGAGGAGACUUACUCCAAAUCCAUGAGCAAACUGGCUAAAAUCGCUAGUAAUGGGAGUCCACAGGGGACUUUUGCACCCAUGUGGGACGUGUUCAGGGUGUCCUCGGACAAAGUGGCGCUCUGCCACCUGGAGCUGAUGAAGAAGAUGAACGAUCUCAUCCGGGACGUCAGCAAGUACGGGGAAGAGCAGGUCAAAAUACACCGCAAGACCAAGGAGGAAAUGGUGGGGACGGUGGAGGCAGUGCAGGCGCUGCAGAUUCAGAACAGUCACCUCCAGAAGUCCAAGGAGGGUUACCACGCCAAGUGCUUGGACGUGGAUCGGCUCAGGAAGGAGGGAGCGCCGCAGAAAGAGCUGGAGAAGGCGGAGCUGAAGUCUAAGAAAGCGGCCGAGUCUUUAGGUUUGUGCAUCGACAAAUACAACCGCGUGGGAGGAGAGUUUGAGCAGAAGAUGAGCGAGUCCGCCCAGAGGUUUCAGGAAAUCGAAGAGACCCAUUUGCGACAGAUGAAACAGCUGAUGAAAAGUUAUUCCCACUCCAUAGAGGACACCCACGUGCAGGUUGGACAGGUGCACGAGGAAUUCAAGCAGAACGUGGAAAACAUCGGCAUUGAUAACCUCGUUCAGAAAUUUGCCGAACAGAAGGGCACGGGCAAAGACCGGCCAGCGCUGGUUGGAUUUGAGGAGUACAUGACAGCCCUGGCAUCUGAAGUUGGGAAAAAGAGUCGGGCUAAAGCCUUCAGGAUCCCCGGUCUGGGCAAGAGGGAGAAGGAGCCAGACUCGACGGAUUCAGCUAUGACGGAAACACUGAACUCACCGCUGGAGGUGGACGACGAGGGAUUUGUCAUCCGGGCCGACAGCACUCAGAAUGGCUGCUCCGAAGAAAAAGAGAGCAACUUCUACUCCAGCGACUCGGACUUUGACGACGAGGAGCCCAAGAAGUUCCACAUCCAGAUCCGGCCGGUGGCCAGCAGCAAUCGCAGCAACUCCGUCGCCACGGAGAAGGAGCUCAAGGCGACAGUGGGCACGCUCACGCUGCCGCCCAACAGAGGCGCACGGCAGCAGAUUUUUCAGGUUUCAGCAAAGCGACAUCUUUCCAGAAACUCAAGUACAGCAGGAGUCCAAUCAGAAGAGAGGGAGCCUCAUAGAGAUGGAGAGCAGGAGGGGCUGCACAGGUCCACCUCCAGUCCCGAUCACAGCAGGUUGAGUUCAACGGCGUCUGGUUCGGACAGUCUGUUCGGACCGCCGCUGGAGUCGGCCUUCAAGUCCAAAAGCUUCGACAGCCGGGAGCAGCUCAGAGAGCAGAGCACCUUCGGUGCUUCUGAAUACGCCGCCUUCUCGUCCGAUUCCUCGUCCCCGGAGAACGUGGAGGACUCGGGCCUGGACUCGCCGUCCCACCAGACCCUGGGCCCGUCCCCCGAGCCGGUGGGCUGGGCCUCCUGGCCCGCCGCCUUGCCGGCCGAGCCGCCCCAGACAUCGGGCCGGCCGCCGGACCCGUUCCUCUCCGCCUUCAGCGACCCUCCCCCCGGACGCUUCUCCAACCCGCCAGACGACCCCGCGCACGUCUGGCCCGUCGCCUCGUCGCACCUGUCCCGCGUCGCCCCGGACGCCGACCCUUCCUCCGUGCGGUUUCCCGCCUUCUCCCAGACGCUGCCCCCGGCGGAGGUGGAGGCGUCGGUGUGGAACUGCAAGCACAUCCCGCCCGAGGACCCGUUCCUGGCCGUGUUCGAGAGGACGCUCACGCAGGAGACGCUGAACCUGUCGGACGCCUGGGCGCGCCCGCCGCCGCGCCCGCCCCAGGAGGGCCGGGCCAAGGAGCCCCGCGGGGACCCGUUCUCCGUGUCCCUCCCCGACGCCAAGACCCUCCCGGCCCCUUCCUCGUCCUCCUCCUCCUGUAACCGUAGAGACCGGGACCGCAGACGGGACCGCAGCCUCCCGCCCCCCAUCACCUCGGACGACCCCUUCGCCAUCACCAUGAUCGGCAGCCCCACGCACCAGUCGUCUCUGGCCGCGGCGGCCGGCGCCGCCCCGCCCGUCAGCCCCUCGGCCAACGGCGGCGGCCGGCUGGGACUCACCGCCGGCCCCGGUUCCGGCUCCGGCUCGGUGCCGUCGCCUCAGCCCAAGAAGGAGCUGACGCACUGGAACUCGGUGCACAACCCGUUCAGCGAGGGCGGCGGCGCCAGAACGCAGGACGGAGGCGGAGGAGGAGGGGAGAGGAGGAAGCACCGGACGCCAGAGAGCGAGCCGCGCAGGAACGCCCCGCCGCUCACCAGGCACUCGGGGCCGCAGGAGGAUCUGUGCUUCUCCACGGACCGAGACCAGGACUGUCUGGACCUGAGCUGCAGCAUCGGCUCCCACUCCGGUCCCAAACACGUGUUCAGGCAGGACACGGCGGAGGCGGCUCCUCCGAGGGCGGCGAGGGCCCGGAGGUCUUCAGGCCGCCUGGGCGGCUGCGAGAGAUCCCGCUCGCUGUGCUCGUCGCCGCUGCCGGAGCCCAGCCCCUCCCUCACCUCGUCCUCCUCCUCCAGCCCCAGCGAGUGGGGGCCCCAGGCCCGGGACGGGGACUGGGGGGGCCAGAACCGCGUCCCCAGCCCGGCCAGGGCGGGGCAGGCGUCACCGCUGCCCUACCAGCACCAGGACCACCAGCAGAGACAACUUCACCUGUCCAGAGGUCCCAGUCCCAUCUCCCUCAGCACGCAGGAGGCCUGGCCGGUGGCCGCCGCCAUCACGGAGUACAUCAACGCUUACUUCAAAGGAGGACAGCACAACCGCUGUCUGGUGAAGAUCACCGGCGACCUAACCAUGUCCUUCCCGGCCGGGAUCACGCGGAUUUUCACCGCCAACCCCAACGUUCCCGUGCUCAGCUUCAGAAUGGUCAACGUCUCCAGGAUCGAUCGCUUCCUGCCCAAUCAGAAGCUGCUGUACAGCGAUCCGUCUCAGAGCGACCCGGACGCCAGGGACUUCUGGUUCAACAUGCAGGCGCUGCAGCUGCACCUGCAGCGGGAGGCCGAGCUCAACCCGCAGGCGUCGUACUACAACGUCGGCCUGCUCAAGUACCAGGUGUCCUCCCAGGAUCCGGGUCGGGCCCCCCUCCUGCUGUCGGCUGAGUGUCAGCGGAGCGGCACGGUGACCCGGGUGUCCCUGGACUACCACUGCUGCCCCGCCACGGCGCCCUCCACCCAGCUCAGCGCCGUGCAGGUGCUGCUGCCGCUGGACCACACGGCCACGGACCUGCAGUGCCAGCCGCCCGCCUCCUGGAACGCCGAGGAGCGACGGCUGCUGUGGAAGCUGCCGAACCUUUCCCCGACCAACCACAGCAAAGGCUCGGGGACGCUGUGUGCCAGCUGGCAGUGCCUGGAGGUUCCCCGCGGCCCGCCGCCCAGCCUGGCGGUCCAGUUCGUGGGCUCGGGCACGUCCCUGUCGGGCCUGGACGUGGAGCUGGUGGGAAGCCGCUACCGCAUGUCGCUGAUCAAGAGAAGAUUUGCCACAGGGAAGUACAUGGCCGGCUGCUCCCUCUGAAUCACCGAAAAGGUUGAGUGAACUCUGCACUUUCCCAGCGUUUGGAGUCGAGAGGUCGUUCUCGGCCGCGGAGAACAACGUGCACUUACUUCCCGCCGGUGUCCCGCUGCUUUAGGACCAAGCCUUUCCUCCUCUCCUCUAACUUAACUUGCGUGUCGUCCGUGUGGUUUUUCCGCCACUUCCACCAGGAAACUCUUUCCACUGCAUUUUUCUCUCGUCACAUUGUGUUCAUGGUGUUUUCUGUGCCUUUUUGUAUCAAGAGACCGAAGCUAAGCUACAUGUCCUUUUCUUGAAUUACGGAGGAAAAAGUAAAUAUAUAAUAUAAAAGCAUAUUAAUGUAUGGAGCCGAGUUGCCAUGGAAAUAGGAUUUUUAAAUUGUGUAAAUACUGUAUCUCUAUAGCAUCCUGAAGGAUCGAAGAGUGUGUGCAAAAGAUCUAUGAAACUUUAGAAACAAAACUGUUUGUAAAUCUGACAUUUGUUUCAAAUAGGUUUUGUGAUGUUGAUAUUUGAUUUAAAAUAAAAAUAAUAAUAAAUGUGC